CUUGUCCAACAAUUGUCUGGUGACCAUCUUUAUAGGAUGGAUUAUAUGGACUUAGUGCAGAAGCAUAUUGACACAAAUGCUGAUAUUACAGUUUCAUGUAUUCCCAUGAAUGAUAGCCGUGCAUCAGAUUAUGGGUUGACGAAGAUUGAUAAGUCUGGAUGGAUAAUCCAAUUUGCCGAGAAACCUAAGGGUUUUGACCUAAAAGCAAUGCAAGUUGACACCAGUAUCCUUGGGUUGACUCCACAAGAAGCCAUGGAAUCUCCUUACAUUGCAUCAAUGGGCAUCUAUGUAUUUAGAACAGAGGUUCUACUUAAGCUUUUGACAUGGAAAUAUCCCAUGUGCAAUGACUUUAGAUCUGAAAUCAUUCCAUCAGCUGUGAAGGAGCACAAUGUCCAAGCAUAUUUAUUCAAUGACUAUUGGGAGGACAUUGGAACAAUCAAAUCGUUCUUUGAUGCUAACUUGGCCCUCACAGAACAGCCGCCGAAGUUUGAGUUCUAUGACCCAAAGACACCUUUCUUCACACCACCUCGGUUCUUGCCACCUACCAAAGUUGACAAAUGCCGGAUUUUGAAUGCAAUAAUUUCUCAUGGGUGCUUCUUGAGGGAAUGUAGCGUGCAAAACUCCAUAGUGGGGGUGCGCUCACAUUUAGAGCAUGGAGUUGAACUUCAGGAAACUAUGAUGAUGGGUGCAGACUAUUACCAAAUUGCAUAUACAUGA